CGGAGCGGAGCGAGCCGGCGGUGCCCCGGGCCCGGUGCGGGAUGCGGCGGAGCGCGGCGGCGUGCUGGGCGCUGGUGCUGUUGGCCGCCGCCUUCUGCGACACGGCGGCGGGCAAGGGCGGGCGCGGCGGCGCCCGGGGGGCGGCCCGCGGAGCGGCGCGGGGGGCGGCCCGCGCCCGGCCCAGGGCGGCCGUGCCCCGGUACGGCUCUGCCGGGGCCGCCCUGCGCGUGGCCGGGGCGGCGGCGGCGGGGGCGGCGGCCGGCGUGGCGGCGGGGGCGGCCCUGCGCCGGGCGCGGCUCUCCGGGGAGCUGCAGGCGGGGGACGGCGUCGAGUACCGCGACGGCAACUGGACGGCGGCCGCCAGCGCCUGGACCUCCGCCGCGCCCGCCGGGACCGCGCCGGGCCGGGCGCUGCCCUGGCUCUGCCCGCUGGCCGCGCUCCUCCGCCGCUGAUGGAUCCCGGGGGACCCGACCGUGCCCGGAGCACCCAGGACGCCGCGAGGACCGGGCGCCCCACCGGGGGCUGAGCCCCGCGCCCCGGGAUAGCAGCAGCUCCUGGGGCUGUGCCCACCCACUGCCAGCGGGGCAGGACCCCCGCGGGAGCCCCUCCACCACCUCCCCCCAUGCCGUGCCAAACCCCGCCGGCUCGGGCACCCCUUCGCACCGCGCCUCUGUCCCUGGCCUCGCGAGGACGAGGAGGCGACAAUAAAGCUGGACAAAAGCA